CUCCAAAGCAGCACCCUCACUUUUUAACCCUCGGUGACUUUGCAAGAAUGGUAAAUAACAAUGCGGCCUUUUGCAAGGAAGUUUGGCAGAGAUGAACUGGUACUCAACAUGAUCGACAAGCAGCUUUUGGGUCGUGGUAAUCCUGAUGGGUUUUCCCCUAGUGCAUGGCUUGACGGAACGAUCUCACAAGAGCUUAAGCCUGGCUUGGGCACCUGCAGGCUUAAACGCCUACGCCGUUCUCGCGGUAGAUCGUCACCGAAACCAGUAUAUCAAUCUCCGUCAGCUCCCCCGCCCACUGGUCGUCUGCGGUCUCCAUGAACAGAGUGUUGUGAUUCAUCCUGCAGGCGCCUUCUUCUACGUGCCCUUCACGAGGAAGCGUGACCAAAAGAUGGAGACGGUGGCGUUUCGGCGGCGGAACACCCACUGCCGGAACUCGUCCUCACCGUCGCGGCCGACGAGCUCGGCUUCUUCCGGGUGGCGAGGAUGCAGAGGAGAGACUCCAGUCGGUUGCAGGCCAGGGAGUCGCCAACGAGGCGAGGUGCUUGUGGUUGAAACAUAAAACCCUAACAUUAUCACAUCCGCGUCAGCAGGCCAGAAAUAAUGCACCUAAAUUGUGGUUCAGCCGACGCCAACGUACACGAUUUUCUACCCCGGCAUUUGGCAAAUGCUCAAAGGAGCCAAAGGGUAAGAUCAAAUCACCAAUCCUUCUCUAUUGGCACGGUAAGCCAAGAUCUUGCCUUCUCCAGUUCGCACAGCGCCAUGACGCUCGUCCUUCCAGUCUCGCUCGGCUCUCUACCCAUCGGCGCAACCCGAGUAAGGUUCAAACAAACCCAAGCGCCGGUAGCUGCACUUGGGAUCCAGUCUCCGCCUUCCUCCUUUUCCGGCUCCGUCGACUGGGUGAAGGUCACCGACGGCGAGUUCUUCCAAACCGACUCCAGGCCGAUCAUGCUCUUCGACGGCGUGUGCAAUUUGUGCAACGGUGGAGUCAGAUUUGUUCGGGACAACGAUCGCAAUAGAAUGAUUAGGUACGAGGCGCUUCAGAGUGAAUCCGGCAGGAAACUUCUGCAAAGAUGCGGGAGAUCAUCCGACGAUAUUUCCAGUGUAGUACUUGUCGAAAAAGACAGGUGUUCUAUAAAGUCAGAAGCUGUCCUCAGGAUUAUGGAGUUUCUUGGCCUCCCGUUUCCUCAACUUGCUUUCUUCUUGAAGAUUGCCCCACUGUUUGUGAGGGAUUUUUCUUAUGACAUAGUUGCCAACAACCGCUAUGCACUUUUUGGCCGCACAGAAACAGAAUCAUGUGAGAUAUAGGAGAUUGAUAUGCUUGCCCACAAGUUUUCAUGCUUCAUUGCUCAUAGAAAACGUAUCGUACUUGUAUAAACUCGUAUUUUACAACUUCAUCAUGUAACCUUUGCAGAGCCUUUCAUGAUUUUACUAUGUUCUCAAUAAAAUCAUUCCUUUGCCUGUGAUCAA